UGGGGAGGGGGGAUAGCGGAGGAAAGAACGGGACACGCCAGAGCCACCGCGGUUCCUCCAAUCAGCUCCGGGCUGAGGGCGGCGCGUGCGGCCGGGCUGUGAAUGGGAAGCGGCGGCGGCGGCGGCGGAUGGUAAAAGAAUCGAAUGUUUCACAGGGAAAUGAAACCUGGGAACUACCACGAUCAGUGAAAAUCUAAAGGGAAUAUAGUUUUCGUCCUCUUUGCGGUAGCGAAAGGUACUCUCUGGCUUGCCGUCUGCAGUUGCUGGCUCCAUAGAAUGGAACAAGCUCCUGUUUGUUAUAGUGCUGCGAUGAAGGAUCCAGGUUUACCGAAAUACUAGCCAGCGUCAGUAAACUUGCUCUGUCUCAGCUUGUGUGGAAGGCAUUGCAUGUGACAAGGCAGAGAAACAUGUGUUUCACAUUUCUGACUGGUUGUUUUGGUGCAAUCAAUAGUUCUACAAGAUGCAUUGAUUUAGAUGGCGAUUAUAAUACGGUCAUGCACACGGAGUAUUGCCUUCGGGUUGCAUGCCAAGUGAGCACAAGCCACCAGGUCCUUGCCUCUUACGAACAAGAGAAGCCAGGAUCCCCCAAACUUCAGCACCGGAGCAACAGGAAUACAAGUUCCCACUUAACCAAAGAAAGCCCAACCUCACAGUGGGCUGGGAAGGAUGAGGAUGAAAACGUGCAUUCGGAUCUGAAGGCAGUCAGGGAGGAAAUAAUGAUUGGAAGAGAGGUCGGAGGAGAGCUUAUGGCACGAAGGAAUAGUUGGAGAAAACAAAUGAUAAAGUUCAACUUAUGUUUCUUUUUCUUCUGUCGUGGAUGGUGGGCGUUUCUCUUGCUUCAGCUCCACAUGUUUCAAGCAUUGGCACAAGUUGGUGAUUCCCAGUUUCCUAUUUCAAGAUUUGAUGAUGUUGCACCAUAUUUCAAGACUGAACCAGGUUUACCUCAGAUUCAUCUGGAAGGAAAUCGCCUUGUCCUCACUUGUCUUGCUGAAGGGAGUUGGCCAUUGGAAUUCAAGUGGAUAUGCAACGACAAUGAGAUUACCACCUACACCAGCGAAUAUAAGUACAUUAUUCCAUCUUUAGAGAGGACUGAUGCUGGGUUUUACCGAUGUGUGGUACGCAACAGGAUGGGAGCACUCUUGCAAAGAAAAUCAGAAGUUCAAGUUGCAUAUAUGGGAAAUUUCAUCGAUGCAGAUCAGAGAAAAACUGUAUUUCAAGGAGGUGCUGCAGUUCUAAACUUGCCUCACAUCAUCAGCUAUCCCAGACCACAAGUUACUUGGUUUAGAGAUGGACAUAAGAUUAUUCCAAGCAGCAGAAUAGCUAUAACACUGGAGAAUCAGCUGGUGAUCUUGGCAACAACAGCAGGUGAUACAGGAGGUUACUAUGUCCAGGCUGUCAACGAAAAAAAUGGCGAAAAUAAGACAAGUCCAUUCACUUAUUUGAGCAUAGAAAGUGAAAGUGACACCCCUGAUAUCAUGGCUCCUGUCAUUGUCAUCCCUCCAGGCAAUACAAGUGUAGUGGCAGGAACCAGUGAGGUCACAUUGGAAUGCAUAGCCAAUGCAAGACCUAUUGAAGAACUGAGCAUGACUUGGAAGAGAAAUGGAGUAAAAAUUACUAAUGGACUCCACAAUUUGGGGAGAAGGCUUACAAUCACCAACCCGACAUCGUCCGACAUUGGGAUGUACAUCUGUGAGGCUGAAUUAAAAGGAACUAAUUUUGAGCCAGCAAGAACAAAAGCCUUUCUUUCUAUUAUAGAGCCACCCUAUUUUACUGCUGAACCUGAGAACAGAAUUCUAGCCCAAGUGGAAAAAACAGUGGAUAUCACGUGUCAAGCAAUGGGAGUCCCUGUCCCUAAUCUUGAAUGGUAUAAGGACUCCGUCCCUAUCAGCAAGCUCCGAAAUUCUCGUUACAAAGUGCUAGUGAGUGGAGGUCUACGAAUCCAGAAGCUUCAUCCUGAUGACUCUGGUAUCUUUCAGUGCUUUGCAAGAAACGAAGGGGGAGAAAUAGAGACACACACCUACCUGGAUGUAACCAAUAUUGCACCAACAUUUACUCUUCGUCCAGUGGAUACCACUGUUACAGAUGGCAUGACAGCAAUGCUCACCUGUGAAGUUUCAGGAGCUCCAAAACCUGCUAUCACUUGGAGAAGAGGGAAACAGAUUUUGGCCAGUGGCUCUGUUCAGAUUCCUAGAUUUAUCCUUCUUGAGUCUGGAGGCCUGCAGAUAACCCCAGUCUUUCUCCAGGAUGCUGGCAACUACACCUGCUAUGCAGUCAACUCUGAAGGAUCUCUAAAUGCAUUCGCCAUGCUGACUGUGUGGAAUCGGACUUUUAUUGUCUUCCCUCCUGAGGACAGAACUGUUAUUAAGGGAACUACAGCCAUGCUGCACUGUGGAGCUAUUCAUGAUCCUAGAAUUCCUAUCAGAUAUGUUUGGAAGAAGGACAAUAUCGUCAUAAAUCCAGCUACGAGUUCAAGAAUUGUGGUCGAGAAAGAUGGCUCGCUUCUCAUUAGUCAGACGUGGUCAGGUGACAUUGGUGACUACACCUGUGAGGUUAUUUCUGAAGGAGGGAACGAUUCGAGAAUGGCUCGCCUGGAAGUGAUUGAAUUGCCUCAUUCACCUCAAAACCUCUUGGCUAGCCUGAAUUCCUCCCAUAGUCGCACUGUGAUGCUCUCCUGGGUUCGACCCUUUGAUGGAAACAGUCCUGUGCUUUAUUACAUCGUGGAGCUGUCUGAGAACAAUUCUCCAUGGAAGGUACAUUUAUCUAAUGUGGAUCCAGAGAUGACUAGUGUCACUGUCAGUGGCCUCACUCCAGCUCGUACCUACCAGUUCAGAGUUUGUGCUGUCAAUCAGGUUGGCAAGGGCCAACACAGUGCGGAAACAAGCAGAUUGAUGUUGCCUGAAGAACCUCCUAGUGCCCCCCCUAAAAAUAUAGUGGCCAGUGGCCGCACCAAUCAAUCCAUCAUGGUCCAGUGGCAACCUCCCCCUGAAACCGAACAUAAUGGUGUUCUACAUGGCUACAUCCUCAGGUAUCGUCUGGCAGGCCUACCUGGCGAGUAUCAGCACAGGAACAUUACCAGCCCAGAGAUUAACUAUUGCCUGGUAAAAGACUUGAUCAUCUGGACUCAAUAUGAAAUUCAAGUGGCAGCUUAUAAUGGGGCUGGUCUGGGAACAUUCAGCAGAGCAGUUACAGAAUACACAUUACAAGGAGUCCCCACAGCUCCCCCACAGAAUGUGCAAACAGAAGCUCUGAACUCCACAACUAUCCAGUUCCUGUGGAAUCCUCCUCCCCAGCAGUUCAUUAAUGGCAUCAACCAGGGAUACAAGCUUCUUGCAUGGCCAGUGGAUGUUCCAGAGGCUCUGAUUACUGUCACCAUUGCUCCCGAUUUCCAUGGUAUCCACCAUGGAUUUAUAACUAACUUGAAGAAAUUCACUGCCUACUACACAUCAGUUCUGUGCUUCACCACACCAGGGGAUGGCCCUCGGAGCCCACCCCACCUCAUCUGGACUCAUGAAGACAAGCCUGGAGCCGUGGGACACCUGAGCUUCACUGAGAUUCUGGACACGUCUCUCAAGGUCAGCUGGCAGGAACCUGUGGAGAAAAAUGGCAUUAUUAUAGGUUAUCAAAUUUCCUGGGAAGUGUAUAGUAGAAAUGACUCCCGUCUUACACUUACUCUAAAUAAUACAACCCAUGAAUAUAAAAUUAAAGGACUGUCAUCUCUUACCACUUAUACCAUUGAAGUGGCAGCUGUCACAGCUACAGGGAUUGGACUGGUGACCUCAUCCACAAUUUCUUCUGGAGUUCCACCAGAACUUCCUGGAGCUCCUUCCAAUCUGGUGAUUUCCAAUAUAAGUCCUCGAUCAGCAACACUGCAGUUCCGACCUGGUUAUGAUGGGAAAACCUCUAUUUCCAGAUGGAUAGUAGAGGGACAGAUUGGUGCAAUAGGCGAUGAGGAGGAGUGGAGCUGUCUUUAUGAAGAAGAGAAUGAGCCUGAUGCCCAGAUGUUGGAGAUACCAAACCUCACUCCCUAUACUCAUUACAGGUUUAGAAUGAGACAAGUGAACAUUGUUGGCCCCAGUCCUUUCAGUCCAUCAUCUCGUGUUAUCCAGACUUUGCAGGCCCCACCCGAUAUUGCUCCAGCGAGUGUAACAGUUCGAACAGCAAGUGAGACCAGCCUGUGGCUUAGAUGGGUGCCACUCCCUGAUUCACAAUACAAUGGCAACCCUGAAUCUGUGGGCUAUAGAAUUAAAUACUGGCGAACCGACCUUCAGUCUUCAGUAAUGGUGCAAGUCAUCAGUGACAGACUAGAGAGAGAAUACACCAUUGAGGAGCUGGAAGAAUGGACUGAGUAUGAGCUACAGAUGCAGGCAUUCAAUGCCAUUGGGGCAGGGCCUUGGAGUGAAAUGGUGAGAGGUCGGACUCGUGAAUCUGUUCCAUCAGCUGCCCCUGAAAAUGUAUCUGUUGAGGCUGUAAGUUCCACUCAGAUUUUAAUAACGUGGGCUUCUGUACCUGAACAAGAUCAGAAUGGACUCAUACUGGGUUAUAAGAUUCUAUUCAAGGCCAAAGAUUUGGAUUCCGAACCCAAAACCCAUGUAGUAAGAGGGAAUCACACACAGUCAGUUCUCCUGGCAGGGCUGCGGAAGUAUGUGCUCUAUGAGCUCCAGGUGCUGGCAUUCACACGCAUUGGAAAUGGAGUCCCAAGCUCUCCUCCCAUUUUAGAGCGAACCAAGGAUGAUGCUCCAGGUCCUCCUGUGAGACUUGUGUUUCCUGAAGUGAGGCUGACCUCAGUGCGGAUUGUGUGGCAACCACCAGAGGAACCCAAUGGGAUUAUUCUGGGUUAUCAGAUUGCAUAUCGUGUUGCAACUAGCAGCCCCAACAAAUUUACCACUGUUGAAGUUGGCUCUACUGUCAGGCAAUUCACUGCCACAGAUCUUACUCCAGAGUCAGCAUACAUCUUCAGGGCAUCAGCAAAGACAAGACAAGGAUGGGGAGAACCUUUGGAAGCCACAGUCAUCACAACUGAAAAAAGAGAUCGGCCAGCACCACCCAGACAUCUUCUGAUUCCUCAGUCAGAAGUGACCUCUCGGAGCCUACAACUCCAGUGGGUCCCCGGCAGUGAUGGGUCAUCACCAAUACGGUAUUUCACAGUGCAGAUCCGAGAACUGCCAAGGGGCGAAUGGCAAACUUACUCUUCAUCCAUCAGCCAUGAGGCCACAGCCCAUGUUAUUGAAAGGUUGAAUCCUUUCACCUCCUACAAGCUCCGCCUGAAAGCAACCAAUGAUAUUGGAGACAGUGACUUCAGUGCAGAGACUGAGGCAGUAACUACACUGCAAGAUGUUCCUGGAGAACCUCCAAAUUGUGUUUCAGUGACUCCUCAUACCACUUCUUCUGUUCUGGUCCAGUGGCAGCCACCAAGGGAUGAGAGUCUGAAUGGCCUUCUUGUGGGAUACCGAAUCUAUUAUCGGGAGCUGGAAUAUGAAACUGGACCUGGAACAGAAUCCAAGACUGUUAAAAAUCCCUCAGCUCUAAGAGCAGAACUCACACCCCAAAGCAGCUUCAAGACAGUGAACAGCAGCUCUGCAUUAACAACGUAUGAAUUAACACAUUUAAAGAAAUAUAAACGAUAUGAAGUGAUAAUGACUGCAUAUAAUAUUAUUGGAGAGAGCCCGGCUAGUGCUCCAGUGGAAGUCUUUGUAGGAGAAGCUGCACCAGCAAUGGCUCCACAGAACAUACAAGUGAACCCUCUCACGGCCAGUCAGCUGGAAGUCAUAUGGGACCCGCCUCCUGUGGAGAGUCAAAAUGGGAUCAUACAAGGAUACAAGAUUUAUUACUGGGAGGCAGACAGUCAAAAUGACACAGAAAACAUGAAGGUACUUUUUCUCCCAGAAACAAUGGUCAGACUGAAAAACCUGACCAGUCACACCAAAUACCUGGUCAGCAUAUCUGCCUUCAAUGCUGCUGGAGAUGGGCCCAAGAGUGAACCCAGACAAGGGAGAACACAGCAAGCUGCACCUGGUGCUCCCAGUUUCCUGGCAUUCUCAGAAAUAACUUCUACUACUCUUAACAUUUCUUGGGGAGAGCCAGUGGCAGCAAAUGGUGUCCUGCAGGGUUAUCGAGUGGUUUAUGAGCCCUUAGCACCUGUCCAAGGGGUAAGCAAAGUGGUGACUGUGGACAUUAAGGGAAAUUGGCAGCGCUGGCUGAAAGUGAGGGACCUCACAAAAGGAGUCACCUACUUCUUCCGAGUGCAGGCUCGCACCAUCACCUACGGACCUGGACUACAGGCUAACAUCACAGCUGGUCCAGCUGAGGGAUCUCCUGGUUCUCCUCGAGAUGUUUUGGUUACAAAAUCAGCUUCUGAACUAACUCUCCAAUGGAUGGAGGGAAAUCCUGGAGACAGGCCCACAACCGGCUACAUCAUAGAGGCAAGGCCUUCAGAUGAAGGCCUGUGGGACAUGUUUGUGAAGGACAUCCCCCGAAGUGCUACCUCCUACACAGUCGGCUUGGACAAGCUCCGGCAGGGAGUGACUUAUGAAUUUCGAGUGGUAGCAGUGAAUGACUUUGGCUAUGGAGAGCCUAGUAGUCCCUCUGUAGCAGUAUCAGCCCAAUCAGAAACUCCAUUUUAUGAGGAGUGGUGGUUUCUUCUGGUGAUGGCUCUUUCAAGUCUGAUACUUAUCCUGCUUGUUGUGUUUGCCUUGGUCUUGCAUGGACAGAACAAGAAAUAUAGGAACUGUAACACAGGAAAAAGCAUCUCCAAUAUGGAGGAAUCAGUUACCCUGGAUAAUGGAGGGUUUGCUGCCUUAGAGCUAAACAGUCGCCAUCUCAAUGUCAAGAGCACUUUCUCCAAGAAGAAUGGCACCAGGUCUCCUCCUCGACCAAGUCCUGGCGGUCUACAUUAUUCUGAUGAAGACAUCUGCAACAAAUACAAUGGAGCUGUGCUAACUGAGAGUGCAAAUCUGAAGGAGAAAUCUGUAGAUGCAUCUGAAUCUGAGGCCACAGACUCCGAUUAUGAAGACGAACUGCCAAAGCAUUCCUUCGUUAACCAUUACAUGAGCGACCCCACCUACUAUAACUCGUGGAAGCGCCAGGCGAAGGGCGUCAAGCAUCCCGCGGCGUACAGGUACGAGGAGUGCGCAGCCAAUGACGCGGAGCCCUACUUUCAGACUGUGAUCACUACGCAGAGCGCGGGGGGCGUGUACACCCCGACGGGACAGCAGGCCCCCGGCUCUCGGACUCCCGUCACGGGUUUUUCUUCGUUUGUCUGACGCCCUCCAGGCUCCAGCACAGUGGGGACUCCCGCCGACGUUGGGGUGACGCGGCCCGACUCCCGGGCGGGUGGCUGGUACAGUGAACUGUGGGUACAUUUCUCUAUCAGGGUAGAACGGAGGCGAACAGGAAUAAGUCUAUUUUUUUUUUUUUUGAAGACAAUCAACGCCAACAACAGAGCUGAAGUUUUGUUUAAAAACAAUUUCUGAGAAGCAACAAUUUUAACCACUCACGAAUGGUAGGAUUUCAAUGGGAAGUUCUUUGUUGUUGUUUUAAAAGCCUUUUUUUUUAUUUUUCCAGUAAUACCACCUCAGGAGGCAGCCUCUGUCUUUCCUUUCUCUUUUUCUUUUCCUUUUAAGAGAAGGCAUAUUUCAUGGGUGCGGUGGCUUGGCACCUCUGAGACUCCUGAAGAUUUCAAAGCUUUCCGUGUCUCCAUCUUAAAGGCCGAGGAGGAAUGAUGGCAUGGGAAGAGGACGGAGCGGUGUGUGAAAUAUCCAGACGGACUCCUAGCUUACUACUUUCUCCUUUUCUACCUCCUCUUUUGGGGAAGAAACUAGUUCACGGGAUUGAUUCUCCGUGGUAGAUCGGCCUUGAUAAUGAAUACUCUCCCAGUACUUGGUUCUGUUUGAUAGCCCCUCCCCUUGCCUGACCAUUCCUAAAACCCUCCCACUUGGCAGUUUCUAGCAGAGAAAACAGUUCGAAGGCUCUGUUCCUGGCAUGAGAUAAUGCAAAUGGGAAAUCAUUCCAAGGUGGUAUCCUUCUGACCUGUUGUGGAUUGAGUCCUCCCCAGCAUGGUCUAGCCCAGGGGGCAUUUAACAAAGACCACAUGAUGGUACAGGAAGUGUGACCUGAGGCUUGGUUGGCCACUACUCAGUCAUGGCAGCCGGUGAAACUGCUUCCACCCCGCAGCCUUCCCUUGCUAAACCAGACAAAGACAACACUUCCAGGAUUGCCUGGUAUUUGAGAAGGAGGCUUCCAAGAGGGGAUUUUUUAAACCAUUUUUUUUUUAAUGUCACACUAAGUGAGUGAGUCUUUGGUGUUUCCAGGUGCCUUUUUAUUGUUCAGCUUUGUACAUGGAAAAGCUAGUGUGUCUCCAAAUAAAGCAAAAUGGCUUUUGGGGAAAAAAAAAAAAAAAGCAAGGUUGUGAAUUACCUCGUGCACAUUUUAAGGCUCCCUUGGUGCACUCCGGCUCCAAUCCUUUUUCUUGUCUUUUUUUUUUUUAAGUAAGAGUUUACCUUCCAUUUGUUUUGUAUCCUCUGCCUUCUUGACCUCUGGAACCCCUGUCAGUUCCUCAAGAACCAAGAUCAGCUCUCAACCUCUUGGUUGAUGGUUAUUGAGUUUUGUUUUUGUUUUUGUUAUUGUGGUUCUAAUUGUUCCUCCUCCCAGCCCAGGGGAAACAUUCAGGAGCUAUUAGGGAAAAUGUAGCCUAGACUAGGAUCCUAUCAGAUUAUUUUUGCAACAGGUGUCUGGAAACCACAGGACAAUUCAUUGGCCUGUUGAUUUCUAUACCAGAGCUAGCCUGAACAUUGUCAUUUCCUGCAAAACUGAACGUUGGUGUGUGCAUGUGUGGGUGUGUGCGUAGAACCCUCCCUGGCCACUGGACACCAGCAAAGGUAAAAAGGUCUGGGCUCCUGGGAACACCAUAAAGAGCAGGACCAAGAAACAGAACUGAGACAAUUCCUGUGGGUUGUCAGUGUCCCUUAAUGGCAAAUGGAGAACUGAUGAUGGAGAACUCUCAUUCACCAGUCAAAUGCCACUACCCUGCCUUGAGGGUAUACUGAAUAACUGGACAGUUUCUGGCACUACCAGGGAACAAUUCUUCUAAACCCAUGAGGAAGAAUUCAUAGCUUGUAACCCAACCAUUACCUUUCUCUGCCUCCCUGGAGCAGAAGAGACUACCUUCCUACCAAGGGUUUGGACCUUCAGGGUCUGCCAGUUGUUAUAAGAAGUACUGAUGGGGCAGAGAAUUCUUGGGUUGAGUAGAGUCCUCCUUUAGCUCUUCAAAGUUGGGCAGAGAGAGGAGAGGGUGUAGGGAAGGGGGAAGGAAACACUUGAGUUUUGGGGGCUGGGGAGCACAAAAUUCUAAACUCUAAACCAAAAAUCCUAAAAGGUCCAUCCAAAGGCUUUUAACCAUGAGAUAACUACCCACAGUUCACUCUCCAGAAAAUUACUCAGAAGUUAUGAGAUACAAUGUCCUGGGUCCUUUCUGGUCUACUGGCAGCCACAAGACAAUUGCAAGACAAACCACAAGACGACUUGAAUUUCUUUUGAAGAUGAACACAGAACGUGGACAAAACCACUGCCUUUUGUGCACUUUGACUGCUCUCCUAAGCCAUACGGACAUUGCUUUAAUUAAUGAACCAAGAAAAAAAAGUUUUAAAUUGUCUUAGUUUGGGGAUGAUUUGGUUGGAUUUUUUUUAAAGUUUCCAUGAAAAUGAUAUAACAGGUUUUUUGGGGGCUCAUGGUAUUUCUUCUAUCUUAUCUAUUUUUAGUAAACUUUUUUUUGUAUAGAAAAAUUGUUUGUACAAUGUAGCUGCCUUGGCGCUGUGAUCACUGUCAGGAUAUUAGUGUCUGCACAUGACUUAACCACUUUGCGGGACCACGGAUUAGAAGCAGUUUUUAAGAUCCAAAAAGGUCAACUCUGCCCAAUGGAAAGGGUCUGUCAGAACUUCCCAGAGCAAUGUGGCCACUGAGAAGUAGCCACUCUCAUUUGUAUUGGAAAAGCAGAAAAUAAUUAUCACCCAAGAGAGAUGGAUGGGGGUUUAAUCCUUUAAAAGGAGAAAAGAAUAUUAUAGAACAAGACUGAGGAAAUGUUUCCUUCUUGCAUUCUUCUGUAAUGCUAGAAAAUAUCAUGUUUGUCAAUAGAAAUGGACUCUCCCCAUGAAAGAACUCAAAUGAACUCCUAAGAUUUGUUAACCAAUAAAAAUGACUUCUGCACAUGACAGUUAUGCUAGUCACCAUCAAGAGGACACAUAGUUGUUUUUCUAGAAAUAGGGAUAUCUAUGCACUCAACCAUCUAUAUUUCCCCUCCCAAUUCCCCUUAUUUGAUGCAGGUUUGCCUGGUGAAUAGCUAGAGUUAGAAGUGUGAUCCAGGACCACAGAAGAGUUUUAUCACCAUCAACUUUCUUGGUGCCCUUAGAGACUGAACAUGUGGCCUUGGUCCCUAACACUAAUUUCAAGCCAACUGAGCUAACUAAACCAAACGUAAAGUUGUUCCGCUCCUUCCUUUGGAUUAUCCAAUCUCCCUGUCUUUAGAUGAAAAAUAUUCAAUAUCACAACAAAAGUAUAUAUGAUCUUGGGCAAUCCGGGAGUCUUUCCUAAUCCCUAGGGAUAAGAGAGGCUUAUGAAAGCAGACAGCCCACUGUCAUGUAAAGCAUUCACAAAGAUACCACCAGGUAUGUGUGCUCACUUUGCAGACUUUUUCAAUGCUGUGCUUGUAUUUGGCAAUGAUUGGACCGUAGCAUGGUUUUUUGCAUAAAUGAUUUGUAGCAUGAUUUUCAUUUUUUGAAAAUUCUUAGCACACAAUGUAGUUAUUCUCCCAACUCACAAUCCAUGUAUUUCAAUGUGGUUCUUCAUUAAUUAACACAUCAUCUCUGUAGUACAGACUGGGUCAAAAGGUGGGAACAAUGUAAAGCUUUUUAGCUGAGCUAGUCAGCCCCAAUGAUAAAUAGUUGCGUUAUUUUUCAUCCCUAGGCCUACCAUGUAUCUCCUAUCCUCUCCCCAUUCAUGAAUAGCUUGAAAUCAAUCUGAAAAUUAAGAGAGAAAUUUGUAAAGGUUUCCCUGCAGUGUUCCCUGUGGUUGUGCAGAAAACCAGAUCUCAUUAAAACACACACACACACACACACACACACACACACACACACACACACACACACACACAACACUCCACAAAACCAAUCUAUAGAAAGACAGAGAGGUGCUAUGGGUACAAUUUUAAUAAAAUUUGUUUUUCCUUAA